CACGCAACUGUCAGUCUUGUCACUGAGCGUGUGGCGGGAGGAUGUACGCGCGGAGCCUCUUGUAAAUACCUCUAAAUACCAAUGACGUGGGUAGCCUGUUCCCCCUGGAUGUGGGAUGGAGGACACGGAGGGAGGGGCGACGCCUGUCACCACCGCCACCACCAUCACCACCGCCAGCAUAGCCUCUGCCACCACCAGCACCUCCUUCAGCGCCACUACUAGUGUUGGCCGGCACCUUUGUCACCGCAAACAUCAACUCCGCUGCCGCUUCCACCACCUCUGCCACCGUUGCCAGAGCCGCCGCCGCCGCCGCCGACGUGUCCGCGUGUGCAUCGGGGGGAUUAGCGCGAGGCGAGGGCGUCCGCGGGACCCGACACGCAGCCAGGGCGCGAGACCCGAGACGCGAGGCCUGUCUCCGGAGUGAGGGGACCCCGCGUGAGCCUUCUGCGACCACGCUUCCUCGCCCGUGAACGCCUCCUUCCCCCUCCCCUCCCCCCUCCCAUCCAACUACACGAGUCCUGGACACCCUUCCCCUCCCACUACCCUUCCUCCCUCCCUUUUUUUGGCUCCCACGCCCUCGCAACGUUCACUUCCUCCGUCGGAAGGAGCUGACGGCAUCGCCCUCCUUCUGCAGCAAAAGCCUUCCUCUGGAUCACGUGACGCCGUGGUUCGAUUCAGUGACGUGUGUACCAUACUUUGUGACGUCAUUAUCCGAUUCGUGGGUGGCGAUUGGUUCAUGUAAUGUGACGUCACCCUUUGAGUCCAGUGACGUGAUUGGUCCCUAUUUGGCCUGUGGUAUUUACCUGAGAAAAUCGUGAUUUGAUUGGCUUGUUGUGUACCGCCUUCCUUGCAGUGAUAGUGUGAUACUUGUGGUUUACAGAUCUCUUGAGGAGAGAGAAAAAAAGGUGUAAAUAUUCAUUCCAAUUAUUUAUUAUCAUAAUUUCCCGUGUAAGGCGCAUACAGUGCAUAGCCCAAUUAUACCUGGAGUUUGCAACACUCACGAUGUGUGAAUAGGCCUAGAAUCCGUGCCGUAGUGACGUGGUGAACGUGACUUCAAUUAUAGGCCUACCUCUCUCUUGCUACCUCCUCGCCCUCAAGACUAAAAACAACAACGACAACAACGGUGAUCAAAUAAGCAAAAACAACAAGGACAGAGGCACUCCCGGGUAAGAGACAGAAAAAAAAUCGCCUCAGAACAAAGACCGAAAACGGGGGAGACAAAGAAAGAAAAAAAGAAAGAAAAGAAAAAGAACGAGAGAAAAAAAGGGGAAUACUGAACGAAAAAAAAAAAUCUAAGGAGGAGAAGAGAAAGAGAGUUAUAAAUAGAGAAAGCGAGAGAGAGAGAGAUAAGGUUAAAAAGAAGAAGAGAGAGAUUAGGAUGUGGGUGUACGGACGCAGGAGAGGAAAGGACGAGAGUGGAGGAUGAACCGGGGCAGUAGGACCUCCCCCCUCGCCGUCAGGACUCCUCCCCCCUCCCCCCACCCCGGCACGCGUUGGAGGAACGUUUGCUCGCGCUUCAUCCUCCUCGCCCCGCCCACGUCUCCGCCCACGCCUCCGCCCCUCGCCCGCAACAAGGCCGUUCCGACGGCUCUCUCGCACGGGAUUCUCUCCCUUAACGGCCGGGCGGUGACGCGAGAGGUCGAAGAGAGGGAGAGAGAGAGGUAGGAGGAAAUAAAUCGAAGGAAAGGAGGGAGGAAAAUAAAAGAAAGUGAGAGAGAGAAAAAAAGAAAGUGAGGAGAGAGAGAGAUAUAUAAGAAAAAAAUAAAUAAAUAAAGAGAGGUCUUUAAAGGUGGGAAUGUGAUUUAUUGUCCGAGAUUGACAUACGUGGACAUAAGAGAUAAUUUGAUAAUUACGUGGGAAGAUGAUGAUGAUGAUGAUGGAGAUGAUGAUUAAGAGAUGAGAAAUAAAAAGUAAUUAAGAAAAUCCGAAGACAGAAGUAUCAUAAGUGCGAGUGAUAUAUAUAUAUAUUAAAAAAAAAGUGAGUGAGUUCAGAAGAGAAUAAAGGAUAAUCAAGGAAGAGGAGGAGAAGGAGGAGAAGAUAAAGUAGAAGAAGAAGAAGAAGAAGAGGAGGAGGAGGAAAGAGGAGAGGAGAAGAUCGAGAGAGAGAGCGAGGAAAGAGCACCAUGGGAGAGCUUCAGGCAACUAUCGAACUUGCUCUCCACAUGCACAAGUUCUAUAACGUUGACUUGUUCCAGCGAGGGUACUACCAAGUGCGGGCCUACCUCAAGUCCUCCCCGAAACUGCCGGCCAAGAUCGAGCUGAGUCUGCCACGAAACAGCACUGGCUGAGAGUCUGGACCGGGCGGAUCUGCAGCUGGUGACAGAGCUGUGGUUCACUGAGCAUGCCUUUGGACCCGACCACCACAAUGCUAUACAGUGUGUGUCAGCCAGGACUCUCAAUCUGCACUUCUCUCCCACCAGGGGCCUUCACUACCAUCUGCCGGUUCUCUUCGAUUACUUCCACCUCUCUGCUGUCACCCUCACCGUCCACUGUUGUUUGGUAGCGCUACACCAACCCUACAUCAAUGGCGGUCGCAGCGCCAAAUCUUGGAGUUCUCCACGGCUCAGCGCCAGAGCACAGCAGUCGAACAUGGAGACAGUGUUCUUCGGCACACUUAAUAGUACAAUCAAAUGUGGCGGUGGGGGAGGCAGCAGUAGUGCGUCGUGGCGUCUGGCGCAGGCCCGAGCCACGCACCGCACCAUCUGCACGCUCCUGUUGGCUGCCCACACUGCACUAGCGGCCGAGCUGGAAACCAUCAUGUCCAUACUGCCACCGUGGGCUACCAGUGCCAAUGCUACCAACACCACUUCCACCACUUCCACCCCACCUACACCCCAGCCUACAAGGCUAAAGGUGGAUAAUUUGUCAGAUGUUGCAAAGGAGUGUUACUUCGCCCUUAUUGGGGGACAGACACCGCGUUUUGACCGUCGGAGUAAUGACAGGACAAGGGCUGUGGACUGUGAGGAGGACUUUCUGGUGGCUGCCAACAGUGACAUAGCACAGUUAUGUGCAGAAAAUAUCCUUCUGUGGCAACACUUCCUCUCUGUGGUAAUGAGCUCGGAACCUGUACGGCAACACCUGGCGCGGCAACAUCAUAUGCAAAGGGUAAAACGUUUUGCUGAGGCUUUUUUCGUCAUUGACAACCCCCGGCCAUCAGCAAGUGGUUGCUAUGAUAGCAACUACCAGAAUUAUGUCAUGGUGUCUGAAGCUGUCAGGAGAUCUCGCUAUUUCAAUUCUCUACCACCCCUGUCUAUUGAAUGUACUGAGAUGGAUGGAGAAGUCUCAACUUUACCAGUAAUAUUUGAGGACCAGUAUCAGCAUGUGGCAGAGUUUGCGAGAAGGAGGUCUAUUGUCAGUAGAAAAUCAGAAAACUACCUGAGCACAAAUGACAUACAAAUUGCCAUGGACCAAUUAGAUGCAGAGAAUGGCAAGCGGGAGGUGAUACCACCUGACGUAACAAGACCUGAACCGCAGACACGCAAUGGCCUAAAAGUGGAACCUCACAUUACAGUUCUGACAAAGAUGGAGGUCAAGUCGGCUAUUAAUCACGACACCAAGUCACUCCCUGGUCAUGAUACGAAGCCUAUGACGAGCACCCUUUUUGACUCCAAGGCAGCUAGUAUGAGUGGUUUUGAGUCCAGAGCUACGGCAAGCAGUGACGCGAAGGUGACAAAAUACGGGUCCACAAAGUCCACCAAAAAUCAGACUCUGGGUGUCAAAACAACAAUCCAAAGCUAUGUUAUAGAGAAGGAAAAUGUUCAUACUAAAGAGUCCCAGAAUACCUUGAAAGCAAAACCAGGAGAAGGCCGGUCUCGAAGCAGUGAUUCCCGUGUAUCAUCUGUCCACAGUGGAGGUAGUGGCAGCAGCAAACACACUCUGGGUAGUGGAUCUGAGAGUGAUGAAAAGACACUUGGUUCUAAGGGUUCCAAGGGCUCUAAAGGCUCAAAGGAGUCCAAAGGUUCCAAAGGAUCUGCAAAUAAGGCAGAGUCAGAACCAGAGGACAAACCCCCAAUACCCCCAAGAACAGACAAAAUGCCAAAGGAUUUCAAGCCUCCCAUUCCCCCCAAAACCCACAAACUUCCAAUGGCACGAAAUAGUUUAAAAGAGAAAUUAAAGAAUAACUUACGAUUAGAGCUCAGGCUUCCAGCUAAUCAAGGGUCUGCUUACAAAAGAGCAAAGUUUAAAGUCAAGCUCAUACAGCGUGCGCAGCAACUGCGCUCCAGUGGAUCCAGUAACCACAAGAGCAAGCGUUCCCAGGCAAAUGCCAUAGCCGAAAAUGUUGUCCUCCUGAAGUAUCGCCGUCUGGAACCAUCUCUAAGCAUGCCUUACAACCUUGGGGCACAUACUCCUGGGAGUGGUAGUGGUGGUGGAGGGGACCAACCUAUGAGGCACUCACAGAGCACCCUUUCCAUGCCUUCCUUCUUGUGGGAAGUGGCUAAUGCCUCGUCCCCUGGAAUCACAGAGUCAAUGCCAGAUCUUUUGGCAUCAGAUACAGAAUCCUCUUCAGAAAUCAACCACAAAGGACCACCACCUCCAAGACCCAUGCGUUUAGACAGAAAACCACCUGUUCUCUCUAAUGUUGAAGUUGGCCUUGUAUCUGCCACAGAUUCCACCCUACUACAGAUUGGAGGGGAGAAAGUAGAGUCAAUAACACUGAAUAAAAAGUUGACAUCGCCAGUAAAGAAAACACCAGACAAUCCAAAACCUCUGAUUCUCCAGCAGGAUUCAUCUUCCAAUAGUGAUAUCACAUCAGAGCGGAGUGGCUGGGUCUCAAAUUCUAGUAGACAAAGUUCUGGUUCAUCAAGUGGGCAGAUCAGUCCUGAUUUAGACAUAAAACAGUUUCCUAUAAAAGAUAUGCUCACUGCAACUUCCACCACCCAGUAUAAGAAUGGAAGCAAAUCUAGUGGGCCAGACUCCAGUGCGAGAAACAACAAUGCAGGGAAUGUUAAUGGAGUUAAAAUAAAUGGGACAAAAGUCAAUGGGUCGAAGUCAAGCAGAAGCAAACAGAGUGGAGGCAAGGCAAAUGGACCUCCUACAGCCAAGACACCUGUUAAUGAUGCACCUGUAAAGACAAUAACUGGAGUUAAGUACAAAAAUAAAGGGUCAAGAAGUCCAGCCAACCAGAGAGUGAGUCGUUCUGAGUCCAGAGGACAGAAUCACAAAGCUGCUGGCAAGGAGGUUACACAGAGAUCAGCCUCUAAUGAUCAGUUACAGGUCAAACAAAGAAAGAGCCCACAUAGGAAAGAAGUUAAAAAGUCUCAGUCGCUGCAGAGAGUAAACCAUUCUAAUCGACCAGAAUCUCAUGUGUAUGAGGAAGUGCCACUUCCACCUCCCCCAAAGGAAUUUCAGGACCCAUCACCUGCUCUCAGGGAAGCUUUAAGACGUGGGGGGUUUGCAACUACAGGAAGAAUCCCCAGGGAGGACAGAGGAGCCAAACGUGCUGCCAUUACAGCAUAUAAGGACAGACCGAGGAGUGAAAGUCCAAAGACCGAAACUGGCAGAGCUCAGAGAGAUGAUGACCACAAGACUGAAAGAAGUCAUGGAAACAGUUCCAAAACCAUCACACCGAGACACAGUGGAGAGUUUGAACUUGAAGACAUUAGCCAUGUGUAUGAAAGUGUAAGUGAAGUUUUGAAUGAUGUAAAGAGAAGUUCUAGGAAAUCAGGUCAUGUACAUGACAAAUUCAAUUCUUUGCCCUCAAUGAGGAGAAGAAACCAACAGACAACAACAGGUACUGGUAGACCAGAGAAGAGGGGACCAAGUAGAAAAACAGCAGGAACACCGGACCGUUUGUCAGAGCCAACACCUACAAAACUCAACCAACAUUAUAUUAAUGGAACAGAACGUGUUAGGACACAAUCUGCACCUCCACCUAUCAUUGAUAAGAGUGACUCUUUUAAGGAUCACUCUAGCUUACGUGAAGCAAGAGAAACUAGGUUGCAAAAAAGAUCUGACCCCUUUUCUACCAAAUCUGAACCUCCAACUCAUUUGGCAGACAGUAAGUGCACCUUGUUAGAGCUCUUCCUGGAACAGCAAGGAGCAAGUGUUUGGGCUCACCGUGAAGCACAAAGAGAACUCCUGAAGGCAGCACAGAAUGCAGCCAAAAAGGAAGCUGCUGUUAAUGCAGAAGCUCAACUGCAAGAUGUUGCCAGGAAGGCAGAGGAGCAGGCCAAGGGAGGCUCUGACAUGAAAGUCAAGCCAGAUAUUAUGAAUGAUGCAUUUGAUGACAGCAUGUCUGACAUUCCUCCACCUCCAAGACCUCCAUCACCAAGGGACAGAGGUGAGCCAAAGUGCACAUGUCCGUCAGAACUACGUAAGGAGCGUGGCCGGCUAGAGGAUCCACCGGACUUACUACCCCCGAAAUUAGUUCCACCAGUAGCAGACACUCUUGCAUUCGUCAAGGCAAAAGAAGAGUUCAUGCAGCAAAUAAACUUCCAGGGCCUUCUGUAUAGUGAUUUUAGUGGCUUGGCCUCCACUGUACCGUACUUCCAUGUGAGUGAUGAUUGUCGAGUACUCUCACCUGACGGUCUUCACUUAAUCAUUUGUGUUCAUGGUUUAGAUGGGAACUCUGCUGACCUUAGGCUUAUCAAGACUUAUUUAGAAAUAGGCCUUCCAGGAGCUAAUCUAGAUUUUCUCAUGUCGGAGCGAAAUCAGGGGGACACUUUUUCGAACUUUGAGACACUGACCGAACGUCUAGUUUCUGAGAUCCUGUACCACAUUGAGGCGUACAACCUCAACCCAAAGCGGAUAUCCUUUGUGGGCCAUUCCCUAGGUAACAUUAUCAUCCGAGGGGCUGUGUCGCAUCCGGACAUGAAGCCGUUCCUGCCCAAGCUUCACACUUUUCUCUCUCUGUCGGGGCCGCACCUUGGGACUCUCUAUAAUAAUAGUGGCCUCGUUAAUAUGGGAAUGUGGUUUAUGCAGAAGUGGAAGAAAUCAGGGUCUUUGCUACAAUUAUCCCUCAAAGAUAGAGUUGAUAUACGCCAAACAUUCCUAUAUAGACUCUCUCAGCGUUCCCAACUCCACCACUUCCGCAAUGUGUUACUCUGUGGUUCGUCGCAAGACAGAUAUGUUCCGCUGCAUUCUGCCAGGAUUGAACUCUGUCGUCAGGCUGUCAAGGAUACUUCUGUUAUGGGCGCAGCUUACCGUGAAAUGGUGUCCAACCUCCUUCAACCAAUCAUCAGCUCUCCGUCUGUGACCCUCGUAAGGUAUGACAUCCACCAUGCUCUGCCCUCGACUGCCAACUCCCUCAUAGGCCGAGCUGCUCACAUUGCUGUCCUGGACUCGGAACUCUUCAUUGAAAAGUUUCUUUUAGUGACGGGAUUGAAAUAUUUCAAGUAAUUUCUAGCUUUAUAUGUAGCAUUUCAGGUAUUCAUAUUUUCUACUUAGCCAAGUAAGACGUUUGAGUAAAAAAAUAAAUAAAAAAAAAUUGCAACGUGUGUGAAAUAUGUAAAAAUUGUAAAUAGGAAAAUUUUACACUGGUAUCUAUGACGAGGAGAGAGGUGUAGUGGAAUUUUGUCUUUUUUAUUUUAUUUAUUAUUUUUUUAAGCAUUUAUGUAUAUUUAGGAAAAGGAUAGUGUUGUGGGUCAAGUGUAAAGGAGCUUAUAGUAUGUAUUGGCAGCUAUGAAAAACAGAAAAUGCAGUUGUUAGGAGACUUUGAAAGCUUGAUUUUUACACGAUUAUGGAGUGGAAAUCAGGAAUCAUUAUGGUUGUGAUGAAAAGAUUCUAAGGAUGUGUAAAUAUUUUUAAAUACUUGAUGUUCCUUAAGUAUAAGGAAGAUGUCAAAGAACUCAUCACAUUAGAUAGAUGUAUUACUUUAUAUUGAGAGUGUGUUUAUAAGACAGUGUCUUAUAUGUUGUCAAUGUGUUCAUAGCUUUUGGCAGCCUUUAGGUUAACAGGACAUUUACAGAGAAUGUAUUGAUGAUACAUUAAAGGAAAUCCCCCUCUCCUCUCUUGCUAGUAUUGGGCUCACUAAAGUAGUGAAGGCCAGUGGUGCAACAUAACCAGAGUUUAGGAUUGGAGUAGAUAUGUAAAUCUAUAGAAACACUCGUUUUGUAAAAGUUAAGAGAUUAAAAAUGCAGGAGAAGUAGAACUUUUAAUGAGCAAGCAUUGUUGUUAAAGCUAUGAAAUAAGUAUCUCCCUUCUGUUGGUUUACAAAGCUGUUUUACCAUCAUGUGAAUACAUCCACUUUUUAAACAAAAUUUUGCUAUGACUAUACUUUUUCUAGUUUUUUUCAGCUUGUGUUCAUAUUUAAUUCUUUUUUUUUAGAGAUAUGAUCUAUAAUACUGGGAACUUUGUAAUAGCAGAGACCAGUAGAAAGAAGAGUUUUUCAGUCUGGUAAAGCUUGCUUCAUUUUUCCAUUAAGAAAAAAAAAGUUUUAUUGUAUUUAGUGACAAUGUGACAGUGGGAGGAAUGGAAUAAUGUUGGACCUUGAAUGAAAUUUGGUAUUAGUUUAAUAAACUAAAGAAUGGGGUUGCAGGUGGCAUAAAUGUUGUAAAAUUUUCUUUGAUAGAUCUCAGAAUGCCAAAACUGGAGAACACAGCACAUCAAAACACUGCUCAGCUUACCAUUGUGGUUUUAAGCCAUAGUUCCUGGUAUAAGGUAUGGCCUACCAUAUGCAUCAGGAUUUGUGGUCGUUUUGAUACCAGGAAUGUCAUAAUAUUCAUAAUAUUUGCAUUGUCAGAUGUUUUUUUUCUCUUCUUUUUUUAUGAAUGGUAAUUUAAUUUGUAAGUAAAAAAACAAAAAAACAAACAAAAAAACCUGUUCGUGUUCACGUUCAGAUAAGAACAUCAUAUGAAGUACAUGUAUGCAUGUAUGUGUGUAAGGCUAUGAAUGUAAAGAAUGAAUAAUAUUGUAUAAAGGGAAGUAAGUAUCACAUUAGUCUGCAAGGGUAUGGCUGAAGAAUAUAAGGUGUACAUGUACAAGGUGUGUUAGCAAAUGAGGUUUAUAGUCAUUUCAAAGUUUAUCAUCUUCAUAGACUAUAUGUAAUCAUUUCCAUGUAUUGCUAGAAAUACCAAAGAUGAUAUAUCUUUUUUUUUGUUUUAAUCAAUAAACUUACAUUCUUGGAGAAAUGCUGACACUGUAAAAUUGGUAAUUUGUGUGUCUUAUUUGUUAAUGCUUGAAGGCAUGAUAUGAACAAUUUGCAGUAAUCAGUGAAAUGUAAUGAUGUACUGUGAUACAUAACUUGUGGUUCAGUACACCAGACGUUGGAGCCAGUGCCAUCUCUUUUACAUGAAAAGCUCAAUAUACAAAUAACUCUGGGAAUAUAACUUUUCACCAGUUAAAAAUAGUGCCAAGCUCUCUUUGAGUGAUACAUUAAAUCUGGCAGUAUUCUGUAAAGUACAUUGCAAAUUGUGUAAUUACAGUUUGGAUUGAAAUGACAUUUAAGCAUUGUUACAUGCUUGAGAUGUUAAAUAAGUUGUAUCAAAUAUAUGAACCUAAUAGAAAUACUAUAGAGAAAUAAUAACAAAAUAUAGAAGAAACAGUAAAGAAGAGAAAAGUCUAUAUAUUUGAUUACUAUAACACUAUAUUAGACACAAUAACAUGCUUACUGCAACAUGUUUAUUUGGCCAUUAAUUCUCACUUCUCAGUCCUGAAUAAUUUACCAAAUCUCAGAAGAAACUGUCACAUACUUGAAUUUUUUUCAAAAUCUGCCAAGAUAUUCUGUUAACAGAGUAAAUGAAGGAUACUGAGAACACUACACAUUAUAGUACACACUGCUGUUGGCUCUCCACUUCAUAUUUGCUUGUGCAGCACAUAGCUACAUGCCACUCUCUUUAGACUUGACUUUCCACCAGAUGUUGGAAGACGACUUUCAGAGAGGAGAAUUCAAGAGCUUAAAUGAUGAAUCUGAAUGACUGUGGAUAGAUAUUGACCAAUGUAAGUAAUUAUAAUUGAUAUACUGUAUCAUAUAACUUGUUAUUGAACGAUUCAUUUAUGUACAUGUAAUGGGUAGAUAAAAUGCUACAUACAAUUAAACCUCUUUGAUAUUAUGAAGUUUGUAUAUAGUAAAUAGAACAGGAAUUUGAUUAACCAAAUGUAAUCUGCAUCAUAAUUAGAGCCAACUAUUGGAAUUCCAAUGCUUUUAGUAUAUCAUAAAGUGGUUUAGUAAUAUGUGACCUAUAAUGCCCAUUUGAUAAUUUUUUCAACAUUAUAAUCAUAUAAGAAUUGUUGAAGAAAAUAUUGAUUCUUUUGUAAGUGAUGUCAGGGUUUAUUCAGUGUGAUAAUUGAUGUAUAACUAAGUCAGUGUAUCAUAAUAUAUCAUGCUCAUAGUUUACUUUUUUUCAUAGUUAUGCAUUUGGUCGUGGUCAUGCAGCAAUGAUGUAAAAUAGGAUGUUUAUUAUUCAGUCAUCUCAAAAGUGGAAGGGAUUACAAUUUUUUUUCUUCAUCUUGAUAGCAAUGCUGAAGUGAAGAUAAUUUUCAUGAUAAUUUACAUCCAAGUUGCUGACCCCUUUGUCUAAUUUCUCUUGAUGGUAUCAAUAAGAAGACAAUUUUUUUUUUUGAAGAAAAAUAAAGUAAUAAUAGCAGAACUAGUAACAGUUAUGUAUGGAGCUGGAAACAGAGAGACUGAAGCUUAAAAAGAAGAAAAUACACGGAAAGGAAAGAAGGUCUGGUUGUGCUUGAGGCCAGAGAAGGUUGUAUCAGUGCUGCUUGUUUCUUCUUAAAAAAAAAAAAGAUAAAAAUAUCCUUUAUGCUUUAUUAGUAAGUAAUAGCUUUUCAUAGUACUGCCUUUGGUGUAAUUAGACAUCUAAGAUUUUGUUGUGCCCAGUGCUCAUUAAAUAAGAGUUUGGGAUUUUGACAGGUAUUUGAAUUUUCAACUGGGAUGUAUCACUGUAAGUACAAAGGAAUUUACAGUAUUAAUCUUCAAACACUUUACAAUUCAAUUGUAACUUUUUAAGAUGAGAAAUUUCUACCUGAAAUAAAACAUUGACAAGAAAACCAGAGGCUGGAAAUGUACAAUUUAUCUACAAAACUUGUUGAUAUUCAGUCUCAUCUAUAUUGAAAAUGUACGUAAUCAUACCUCAUUCACAACAACAGUGGUGAUUAACUCAUAUGUUGUUCUCUAAGCUUCUUUUAUCCUGGUGAUGUUCUUGUAUGUGGUCACAUUCUCUUUAACAAUAAAAUGUUCAUGCACUUUUUAUAUAAGAUUCAGAUGGCAAUUUUUUAGUAUUUCUAAAAGUUUGCUUUUUAUUUGUUAUUAAAUUGAUAGACAUACAUACUUUUAUCUUCUAUGAAUGGACCUGCUCUUCAGUUAUGGAAUAAUAAGCACAAAGAAACUGUAUAGAAGUAAAUAUCAUGCACAUCCAAGUCACUGAUUCACAGAAAAAAAAAAUGUGAGAAUGUCAUUAUAGGUGUACAAAUGUCUAGUCAUCGGCUCACUGCAAUAAAGCGGAAAAGUAUAUUGUGUGGUGCGACCAAGAUGACCUCUUAGCGUAGACACUAUGUGGCAGCAUGUACAUCCCCUGGGAGGCAAGGGCUGACCGUCCCACUGUCUGUCCCUUGAUAUUCACCUCAGAUUGUGAUAUUCACAAUAAAGUUUCCUAUUGA